ACACACACUUAUAAUUUAGUGAGUAAACACCCACAUUCAGUCUUGCUUAGGCCUGAUUUCCGAGCAUUUUUGCCGAUUUGGAAAACUGUGGAGAUACACUGCGGCGCUCGCAAUAGUUUGCUGUAUGCUGUCUGCUGUGCAGUGAUCGUCAACGGCUACGAACGCUGCUUCAACGCGGAGAGUCAAUUCAGUUCGUGCGUUCGCGGAGCGUGUGCGAGUACUCUUUGAAAAAUUUACGGAAAGCAAAUUUAAAAUUUUAACGAAGGUGUGAAGGUUCUUCUGGUUCACAAGGUAGAAUUCUUCUAUAGGUGAUCGCUGUGGUUGAAUAUCAUAUUUGGCAUGUUUUUUCACUUUUGGUAACGCGCGGGGUUCAAAAAAGAAAAAAAAACAACAAAAGAAUAAAAAUGAAAAUGUGAAAAUUUUUAUGUAAAAGGAAAUUAAAAACACACACACACGUAUAAUUUUGUAUUCAGGCGUACGCAGUGCAUUGGAAAAUUGAUUAAAGUUAAGCAAAGUCAAGCGAUUCGCGGCGAUUACGAAUGCUGCAUACGCAUCCGAGCAGUAGUGAAAUUAGUACAAAAACCUCUACAAAAUAGGCAAAUCGGUGUUUAAAAAUAGACGUGCCGCCGUCCGCAAUACGGAGCAGCCAGUCAGUACACGAAAAACAUAGCAGCACACUUAUAUGCGCGCUUACACUACACACUGCGGUAUAGGCGGUUGGAGGACCGAAACGCAAAGAAGAAGCAAAAGAGGAAGAUUUCUAGAAGGAAAAAAGUAGAAGUAGUAGACGAAGCACAAGUGUAUUGAGUGCGCUCAUACGGCAUUUGGUGAAUGUAUAGAGCGUCUUUGACGUCGCUCACGUCUGCGUCAUUGCUGCUUUCUUCGGCAUUAGCCCGUGUAGAUAGCAACGCCGUCAGCUUAGGCGGCGCGCACUUCGACUUGUUCGUUGUUUCCUACAACAUCUUCACUUUCGUCGACGACGUUGUCGUAGUUGCCGCUGUUGUCGUCACAACGUCGACGGGAAGAUAUGAAGCAAGCGCCGCUCCACCAAAGGGGAAACACAAACAGACAACAAGAGAGUAGCGCACCCUGGCAUAUUGUGGGAAUCGUGUCGAUACGGUAAAAUUUCGCUACAAUUCGCCAUUUAUUCAGCAUUCGAAAGCUGGUGAGUUGUCGUGAAAUUAGAGUUUGUGCGGAGUGUGUUUUGCUGCAACGCAUCUAAUCUUGCAACUUGUGGCAUUUUAUUUAUACGCGGAAACAAAUAUAGCGGAAUCAAGUAGUAAUAAAAAUUUUGUAAACAAACUCGUGUCACCGAUUCCCUGCCGCAGUCCCUACGCAGCGGGCAAAUAUGCAAGCAGCGCCUYCGAACGCCGCCACAAAACCUAAAACCGCCUCCAUAACGACCACAACAAAACCGACCAUAAUAACGCAUCCAGUAAAAACGAAACCCUACAUUGAUUCCCAUCUAUAUCAGUCUACAUUACAGCAGCAGCAACAAAAAACAAUUGGUAGUCCGAUUGGUAGCGGCAAAACGAGCGUCGUGCUCUCCGACGAUCCCACGCGAGAGAUUGAGGAGAUCUCAAAAAAGAUAUCGGAGCACGCCGAUGCAUUAUACCAUACGUGGAAGAGUCGUGGACUAGCACCGACUGAAUUGUUGGGUUUCUAUACGCAUGCAGCGGCUGCAGCUGCAACAGGCGACGGUGCAAGUGACGCGGGCGAUCUUUUUGCGGUCGAUGACGAGCAAACAGCGGAGGGACUGCAGAARUUGGUGAAAACCUUUGUGUUAAAAGAUAAGGAACAGCGCGCGGGCAAGGCGCACACGAAUACCAGUAGCGCGGUUGGCAGAUUAGGUAGUGGUGUUGUGAGUGCCGGUGUUAUUGGUAUAGGUGGUGUUGGUGGACUCGUUGGCGCCGGUAGCGUUGAUACAAUAMAAGAGUCAAACGUCGAUGUCAAUAUGGUGGGUAAAUUGAAACAGACAACGACGUCUACAACAAAAAGGAGCGUCACGUCACCGAAGUCACCCACAACCACAUCGGCUAUAUUGAUGAAAAGCGCCGAUGCACCUGGCGCUGAUGUAGUGGAUACGCUGAAGAAGAAGACUACAAAAUCCAAUGGUAAAACAGUCGGCGCCACAUCUUCCAGUGCGGCGACGUCUUCGGUAACUAGUAAGUCGGCGCUUGCACAGAAGCAUGAGAAACAACAACACGCAACUAGCAGCGGUAGCGGCGCCGCAACGUCAACUAAGUCGCGAGGCACAAGCUCUGUCUCCAACCCUACAGCUAACACUACCACAAUUGGGCGCAGUAAGCCRCAUGUUUCGAAUUCCGCACCACUGGAUAUUAACUUAACGGUGGACUUAAAUCUAGAUCUGUCGGAUCUUUCAGAGUUGCAGACGCAUAAUUUGCGCAAAAUCAAAGAGCUGCUACAGGAAAAUACACCAACAACAACAACAACAACACAAACAGCGAAAGCUGCAACAAACAACGGUACGAAGCAGUCGAGGAAGACGAAUACGGCUAAUACAACAUCAACGACAGAYGCCGACGCCGCGCGACAUAGCGCUACUCAUCAUUCACGCCGCGGAGAGCUGACGCCCAAAAGCAACCAUGUCGAUAGUGGCGGUGGUGGCAAGGGUGAAGUGAUGGCUGUCARCAAUGGCGGCGGAGGAAGUGUCAAUAAAGCGGCAAUCACAAUUGUUGGCAACGGUGGCGUUGCUGCUGUUGAUGGUGUUGUUGYUGUUGCAGCAAGUGUCAAUGUUGAUAAAAAUAGCGGCACCAGCGGCGCGGGUGCGAGCAGCAGUGGCGACAAAGGURGCGGCGCGGCCAUUAYAACAGCCACGAACAGCAAGCGGAGCACGGCGGCGGCUGCGAAAGUGAACAAUUCGAAAUUAACGCCAGCUGAUAAUCAAUCGAAUCAUAGUGCCAUUAGCGUCAGUGGCCACAAGCAAUCGAGCAAAGAAAGCGGCGAAAAAAGUACCAUCACAACAACGAGCGCGACACCGAGCACGCGGAUUGCAACUGUCAGUGGCAGUAGUGGCAACAAAUCAAUCAAAGCGCCCACCAUUAAGGAGGAUAAUAAGAACGACAGCAACAACAAUACCAAUACCCAUACUACUAAUCACUUGAGUAGUGGUGCYAGCCAACAUCGUAGUGGCAGCAAGUCGAGCGCGAAAAAGGAUACAAGAACUGCUAACAGYAACGGYACAGGAGCAGCAACGGCAGGCUCUACAAUUGCUGGCGCUACGGCUGAGAACGGUAUGGCAGCUAUGCCUGCAGCAGCAAGUGGCGCGUCAACAACAACACCUUCAAAAUUUGUCAAAUCUGGACGUACGCUGACCAAUGGACAGGAUAAAUAUGUUGGUCGACCGAUACUUACGCGCGGCUCGGUUGCAGAGCGUGUGCUUAUGUUCGAGAAGUGUCCGGAUGUGCGGAACUCGUUUUUGAAUAUCAAAAGACCCGAUCCAGCGGAUGCGCCACCAAAAAGUCUGCUCAAGGUUAAAUUGCAUUCAACACCGCCACCGCCGCCCGAACACAAUUCAAUACAACGUGAAAUUCGGAAUACCAAAACAGCUUACAUACCCAGAUUUUACUUCCCACAUGGCAAGCCACAGCCACAAAUCGCAUUGGAACGCACUUUGCGCGGUAUUUUGGCCGCGUUCGACUCAUUUCCGAACAAUCAGGUGACCAAAGACGAGCUGCCGCGCAUUUUGAAAAUCUGCGGUCUGCCCUUCUAUUGGCGCAUGCCGGUGAUGGUUUUCUGUCAGCAGGGCAACUCUGGGCUGGUGGAGCGACAAAGAUUCGUGGAAUUCUGGAAACAAAUGAAUGUUUACUGUCAUGAUGCCGCCUCACGCUUCGUUUACAUUUUAUCACGCGGUCAACGUUUUCGCCAAUAUAUACUGCCAGAGGAUUUGGCGCCGCUCGUGCAAGACGUGGUCGAUACACAUCCUGGCUUGGCGUUCCUCAAAGAGGCCACCGAGUUUCAUUCCAGAUAUGUACACACAGUCAUUGCGCGAAUAUUCUAUUCGGUGAAUAGAUGCUGGUCGGGCAGGAUAAACAUAUCGGAACUGAAGAAAUCCGAUCUCUUGGAGGUGCUCAAGUUACUGGAGGAGGAGGAUGAUAUCAAUCAAAUUAUGGCUUUCUUCAGCUAUGAACACUUCUAUGUCAUCUAUUGUAAGUUCUGGGAAUUGGACAAAGAUCAUGAUCUGCUUAUCAAUCAGGAUGAUCUGGCGCGGCAUAGUGAUCAUGCUUUGUCCACACGCAUUGUUGAGCGAAUAUUUUCGGGUUGUGUAACGCGCGGUGAUAACAAGAAGCAGCCAGAAGAUGAGCCGAAAAUGUCCUAUACCGAUUUUGUGUGGUUUCUGCUUUCCGAGGAGGAUAAGCGUACACCUACCGCAAUCGAGUAUUGGUUCCGUUGUAUGGAUAUCGACGGUGAUGGUGUGUUGUCCAUGUACGAAUUGGAGUACUUCUAUGAGGAACAACAACAGCGCAUGGAAUCGAUUGGCAUUGAGACGUUGCCAUUCGAGGAUUGUUUGUGUCAGAUGCUGGACAUGAUUAAGCCUGCACGUCGCGACUGUGUUACAUUGGGCGAUUUGAAGCGCUGCAAAAUGACACAUGUCUUCUUCGACACAUUCUUCAAUCUGGAGAAAUACUUGGAUCAUGAGCAACGUGAUCCGUUUGCCUCGCAAAGAGAUGAAUAUUCUUCGGAUUGGGAUCGCUUUGCGGCGCAGGAAUACGAACUGCUCAUCUCGGAGGAAAACGAAUGAACACAUACUAACAUGCAUACAAAUCGUACAAACUACAUACACAUCUACAAGUUCUUUGUAUAAAGCAAAUAUGUGCAAAGCUAUUUUUAUAAAAAAAACAAAAACAAAAACAAAACCAAAAAACGAAAGAAAGUUUAUAAGGAGAGGGAGCAAAUUUUUCUAGUACACCUAACAAUCUAUUGAAUUAUAUUUAUUUUUUAUGAUCCUAGUUAUUUAUAAACAUACACACCCACAUUUCGCAUGAACCAAAUUAAAAUAUGCAUACACUAACAAAUACCAAAAGCGAGCGGGAUUUGGAGAAUAUUAGUGAAAAUCCACGAACCACUCGUAUGGCCAUUACCUAACGUUGAAUGGCGGAAAAUCUAGUCACAAACACUCAUUAUUUGCAUAACACUUGCAAUCAUAACAAAUUGAUGUGCGAGAAAACAGCGCUGAGCCGGUAAAUGGGAACGGAAG